AUGGCUGAGGAGGCUCUCCUCAAAGCUGCCCGGUCGUUGGACCAGGGCGGCCCCGAGACAGUGGUCUCCAAGCUGCAGCGUCUCUGGGACGCCUUGGCUGCCACAUCCGCAUCCACAUCCGCCGCCGGCCGCUUCCAUGCCUCCGAAGAGGUUGCCCUCCGGUGGCUUCUCAAGAACAUGCACUCGUCAAGCUCCGGCCCCGUCAGCCCCGAGACCGAGACCCUGCGUCGGUGGCCCCUCACAUGGCGCAUCCUGGCGUGCAUCUUUGGCCGCAUCCCGCUCUUCUCGCUGGCCAAGUCGCUCGCCGACCGCCGUUUUGUUUCUGUCCUGCAGCAGACUGCAAAGGAUCUGGCGACACCGAAUGCAGCACUGUCUUCGUCGGCCCAAAGCUCCCUCAAGCGGAAACGGUCACAGGACGCCCGGUUCGACCUGGCCUCGCUGCGAGAGCUGCAGAAUUGCGUCGUCUCGGCUGGCGCUCUGUUCGAGGCCCUGCGUGUUCUUCUGACUCGUCUGGACGAUGGCCACGACAGCACGGCUGCGAGCGCCUCCUCGUCUGCCUCCAUUUUGUCGCCGUACGAUCACAUGGGAGCUGAGCACAUCAAGUCCUUUUUCAACGUGCCGGCGUCCGACGCCAACGCCCUGCUCGAACCUCUUUUGAAGAUAUGCAGGCUGGCUCUGACGACUGAAGAAGGAGUUGAUGUUGGCGGUUGGGACUCUGGCGACGACAGCAAGCCGAGUACAUCAACACCCAUCGAUGGCCAGGCCUCGUGGAUUUCUACCUUCUCGACACUAUGGGAGCUGCGUCUACAGGGCCCCAACGACGCUUUUGACGUCGCAGGCCGGUUGUCGCUUGAUGGCCUCAGUCUGCUUGGCCGUCUGCUUGAUGUUGUGCCGUCCACUACCACUACCACUACCAGAUCUGCGCACCUUCUGGACCCUGCAUUGCAGCGUCGCUGGACUGCCGGCCUUUUGCGCUUCUUCACAAACAACCUUGUGCUCACGGCUCGGUCGUUGUUCGUGAACCUGAAGGACGUCAACGCUUUAUCGAUUGCGACGUCCAACUCCGCCGCGAAGACCGACGCUAACGAUUACAUCGUGCGGGCCACCACUUUUUUGUACUUGGCGCUUAACGCACCGCGCCUCCUGGCCGGGAGCGGCACGAGCAGCAAGGACAACGAACUCUGGCUGCAGACCGUCUUUGAGACGAUCCGGGAGCCGCUUAUGGCCAGUAUCCUGUCUGCUGAGCGCAAGAACACAGCACUGGCUGGCCUGCUCGACAUGGCCGCACAACACAGCAUGGCACCGUCUAUCGACAGUCUUCAGCAGGUGUGCCAGAAAUGUGCACUUCAAAACGACCUACCGAAAUCGGCACCAACCACCGAUUGGAGGCUACUGGCAUCCAUUGCACGCUGCGAUGCCGACGCGUUCCUCCUGGCUGACAAGGGCGCCAGCCUGCUCAACGCCGCUCUCGAGCAGCUGAGCACGCCGUCGACCGCGCCGCAGUCGGCAGCCGACGCACAGUUCGCCUCCGCUUUCCUGAUCUCGCUGGCCCGAGGCUUUGCCGGAAGCCGCAACCUUUCCGGGUUCGUCACACGUUGGCAAGCCGGCAUCAUUUCUCUGUGCCUCGCCAACGGCACGGCACCACCGGUACAGAACGCCUGGCUGGCCAAGGACCUUCGGGCGGCGGUGGCCGACACCGUGCAAACCGCCCUGUCCAAGGAGCAGCUGUUGUCAGCGAUUGCUGAGGUCGAGAAUUCGUCUAGCAGCGGUGGAGGUAAGGACACGGCGACUGCAGAGGCGGUGGCUCGCCUUGUCAUCUUUGAUGCCCUCAGUGCCGGCAUCCGUAGCGAAGAGUUUGAAGACGCAGUUCAUACCAAGAUGCUUGAUACCAUCCUGAGCCUCGAACUGUCCUCGUCCUCAUCCACGCUGCCACCUGAGAUUCUUGCCAUCCAGUGGCGCCUGGUGCGCCGGACUCUCGCCUGGGUGGGAUUCUCGGAUGCCGAGCGCAUCUGGACAGCCGUCAAGGCAUCCUUGAAGAGCCUUGCGGCCAGUAGCAGCAAAAACAAGAGUGCAUCUGUGCUGACCGAGGACAAGUUCGAGGCGCUUGUAUGCAGCUUUUCGCUGUGGAUGGCUGUCAAGUUCGGCGACAAGAGCGAGCAGGCGGCCCGUGAGAUGACGUGGGCUUUUUUCACUCCUUUCAAGGAGGAGCUGUCGGCUCUGGUGAAAGAUAGCCAGAGCCGGGUGGAGCUUCUACAGGAGGUUGGACGCCAGACGACGGCUGUCAACGGGGUUGCCGAGUCGUUUGGCGGUUCAUUCGACACAAAGACGGCCGCUGUGGCGACUUAUUUGACUGAAAUGGUCAAGAGCAGUGACGAGUCGUCUGCCUUCCUCGAUGCUCUGCUGGCAUGGCAGACGGGCCUGCCCGUACAAAACGAUACAACACUAGCCGCCAACGCGCUCUCAACACUGGUCUACAACAAUGUCACAAAUCUGCAGAACCAGAAGGUCACGAGCAACAUCACCGAGGCCCAGGUCAAGCGUCUCGAAGAGGCCGCUGGCAAGCGUAGCCCUGGCCUGAAAGAAACUACCCUCACCUUGUUGCAAACCCCGUCUCACCUUCUCUCUCGGUCCCAGCGAGAACGUAUUGUGGCCACCUUGCUGCCUUUACGGCCGCCAUCCAGGAAACCAGCUGUGUCCUGGACCGUGGAGGAGAUCGUCCUAGCCCUCGACCUCCUGACCAAAGUCACGCACGAACGAGCCUUUGGCGAGAUCAUAUUUGACCGUCUUGUCUACUUCGGCGAGACUGUUGCCGCUACCGUGGAGAACGUGGAUGUCGCGUCGGCUCUUGGGGUCUACGACCGCUUUCGGCAGGUGGCCAGGGCUGUUAUAAAAUCGCCGGCAUGCAAAGACGACUGCGCCAUUUCCAAAGCGAUCCCCACCAAUCUGCAGCUCGUUCUGUACGGUGCUAAGCUGGUGGCCCUCAAGGACGUUGUGGCGGAUGGAUCCGCACAGCUACAAAAGACGAAGGAGCAGCUCGCAUCGAUUGUCGUCAAGCAGCUUCUCAACCAGCUGGAGAGCAAAGACGAGGACGUGGCUAUGACGGGGACAGUCGAUGCCACCAACCAAGCCAGCCAUCUGCCUCUGCAGCUGCUGCUCACUUUUGACGCCGCCAUGGCUGGCGACAUCCAGGCGGAGCUUGUCGAGCUUAAGAAGUUCAGCUCCCUCAUCAAGAAGGCCACGAAAACGGCAGAUGCGCUGUGCGCCAACCACCAGAAGAUUGGCUGGAAGUGGAAGGCAUUCAUUGCGCGGUAUACUCGUGGUCAAGAGAGCCGGCCAGCUCGUGACGUCCGCUUUCAGGGCCUCUUCUUGGGCGGCGACAAUGGCGAGGCUGCCUCGGUUGCUGCCAACACGACUGCCGCUGUUACAGCUGCAUCGGUCCUGCUCGAUGGCGACCUGAUCCGGGACUACCUCGCCGGCGAGACGGCAGACUACGACCAAGCAUCGCUGCUGUCCUACACGGCAGAACUGAUCGACGCCCUGGACACGAAGGAGGAUCGCGAGACGUCGUCGUUUUCGUCUUCGUCUUCGUCGACUAUCGGCCAACUCCUCGCGAUUCAGUACCUGCUCGUCCGCCUCUUUGAGACUCCUGGCGCCGCCACAGCAAAGACCCCUGAUGGCUUCUAUUUUGGUGUCGUCCACAGCAAGCUGGCCCAGAGACUGCCACGCGCCAGCAGUGUCACCGAGUGCAAACUCGUCGCCCAGACCAUCCGCACGCUGCUGAUGGACGACAAGGCCGCCGGUGCCAUGGGCCAGUGGAACGUCGAUGCGACACUGGGUGCCGCGGCGUCUGUCGUGGGCCUGAAGCGUGCGGGCAUUGCUCUCGGCAACAACGACAUGGUGCGGGCGUCGAUUGUUGCGUUCGACGGUGCGUGCCAGCUCGUCGAGGCCGUCCUCAAGCGCCACCGUGUCCGGCUGGAGGGCCGGUUUCAUCUGCUAGUCGGCACUCUGCAGGCACUGUUGGCCCGCCUGGCGGCCGGUCACCAAGAUGAGCUAAAACACAAGUCCGGCCACAGCACCAGCACCAGCACCAGCACCAGCAGCAGCUGGAACAGCGCGAAAAACAGUGUCGCCGUGUCCUGGGCAGCGCAGGCCAAGCGCUUUUCCCGUCUGUUGGAGCUGAUUUGCGAGCCGUCGACGGCGGCGGUGACCAUGAUGACGUCGCGUAAAGGCAGUACAGGCAUACCGGCGGCGCCACUGCACUCUGCGACGGAUGCGGCAAAACGCUCGGCCGGCCAGCACAUGUACCUUGUGCUGAUGACGUACAUCAAGCUGCAAAUCGACGGCGCCGUUCUGUCACGUAGCGUGCGCGAGGCGCUCGAGCCGGGCCUGUUCUCGGUGCUGGCCAUCACCCCCGACGGGACGCGACGACUGCUCAACGACGCCGUCGAUGCCAGCGGAAGAGCACUCUUCAAGGACCUGUACCGUAGGUGGCUGCAGUUUGGCAAGUGGAAGGGUGUGUAA